AUGGUGGCAAAGAAAACAAACACCUGGUGUAUGUGCAUCGACUACAGGGAUCUAAAUGCCGCCUGCCCCAAGGACCACUACCAUUUGCCGAGGAUUGAUCAACUUGUGGAUUCUACCUCGGGCUGUGCCUUAUUGUCAAUGAUGGAUGCAUAUCAUGGAUACCAUCAAGUGAAAAUGAACAUAGGGGACAUUGCUAAAACGGCCUUCGCUGUCUGCUGCGGGGUUUACGGCUGGAGGAGCAUGCCGUUUGGCUUGAAAAAUGCGGGGGCUACCGUCAGAGCGGAGGACCAUGUUCCUGACCUGGAGGAGGUUUUCGCGGUGAUCAGAAAAUACCGGCUCAUGUUCAACCCGGCGAAGUGUACAUUUGGGGUCACCACGGGGAAGUUCUUAGGGUAUAAGGUUACUCCAGCAGGGAUCGAGGUCAAUACGGAUAAGGUCAAGGCCAUAAUGGAUAUGACCCCACUCAGAGGAAUGAAGGAAGUGCAGACUUUAAAUGGGCGAAUCAUUGCUUUGAGCAGGUUCAUCUCGCGAUCAGCGAAACGCAGCAUGCCAUUCUUUAAAAUUCUGAGGAAGGGAACCAAAUUUCAGUGGAUAGCGGAAUUCCGGAUGUCAUUUGAGGAUCUCAAGGUUUACCUAGCGGAACUCCCGACUCUGACUAAGCCAGUCCCGAGGGAGGUAUUAUACUUGUACAUAGCAGUGGGGGAAGAAUCUGUCAGCUCUGUGCUCAUCAGAGAAGAGGGGAAUCACCAGAGGCCAAUCUACUUUGUCAGCAGGAUCAUCCAGGGCCCUGAAUUAAAUUACAUGGAAAUCGAAAAGGCUGCUCUGGCGGUCAUUGUCAUAGCACGGAAAUUGAGGCCAUACUUCUUAUCACAUCGGGUAGUGGUGCGAACUGCUUUACCCUUCAGACAAGUGUUAGGGCGACCGAAUUUGUUGGGGAGAAUGGUCAAGUGGGCCGUGGAAUUAGGGGAAUAUGACGUGGAGUAUGAGCCAAGAAUGGCUAUCAAGGCACAAGCUCUGGCAGACUUUAUCCAGGAGACUAUUCGCUGCCCCGUGCAGGAGUUUUGGAUCGCUUUUGUGGAUGGAUCAGUCACCAAGGAAGGGUGCGGAAUUGGAGUAUACAUCAUCUCUCCAAGCUCGGAAGUAUAUCAAUUCGUCAUCAAGUUCACUUGCAGAAUGUCCAACAAUGAGGCUGAGUAUGAGGCCGUAGUCAGAGGAGCGCAUAUCUUGUCGAAAUUACGGGAUGAAUGUGUUAUAAUCAGAACCGACUCUCAGUUGGUCGCUCAACAGUUAUCAGGGAGUUAUCACAUCAAGGACCACAAGAUGAAAGCAUAUCAUUGCAAGAUCAAUGAAAUGAAGCAAAAGUUCAUGGAAUUCAAAAUCGAACAGAUUUCUCGGGAAGAAAACACAAAGGCAGACUUACUAGCUCGAAUGGCCAGCGCAGUGGAACAGAAUUGGAAUGAUGAGAUUACACUGCUCUGUGAUACCAGAGAAAUGGGGACUUCACAGGUCUUUUCAGUAGAAAUUCGGGAUGACUGGCGCGCCCCAAUCAUACACUUUCUUACAACAGGGGAACGGUUGAGCAAAGAAUCUAAUCAGAGGGCUCGAUACGAGAAUUAUUGUUUGAUUAACGAUCAACUGGAUCUCGUACGAAAAAUAAUUCGUGCAGGGUUUUAUUGGCCUAACGUCAACAAGGACGCCAGGGAAUUCGUCCGCAAAUGCAAGGCUUGCCAGAGACAUGCGGGGAGAAUCAAUGUCCCAGGGGAAACCAUGGGAGUCAUGUAUGCUGCAUGCCCAUUCGACAAAUGGGGCAUAGACAUAGUCGGGAAAUUGCCCACGGCACCAGGGGGCAAGUGCUUUCUCAUUGUGGCGGUGGACUACUUCUCCAAAUGGGUCGAAGCCGAAGCGGUUGCAAAGAUCGAUGAAGUAACAGUGGAGCGGUUCAUCUGGCGAAACAUAUGCUGCAGAUUUGGCGUCCCUAGGAUCAUUGUAUCAGACAAUGGAACCCAAUUCACAGGGUAG